AUGUCUCUAGUCUGGGCACUGCUGCCGCCGAGAGUCCAGGCCCCGGGCCUAAUGUCGCCGAGUGAUCUGGUUCCGGGCCCAAUACAGCCGGGAGUCCGGGCCCUGGGCCCAAAGCCGCCGAGAGUCCAGGCCCCAGUCCUAAUACCGCCGAGAGUCCAGGCCCCAGUCCUAACACCGCCGAGAGUCCAGGCCCCAGGCCCACUGCCACCGAGCGUCCAGGCCCUGGGCCUAAUACUGUCUAGAGCCCAGAGCCCAGGCCCAAUGCCACCUAGAGCUCAGGCUCUGGGCCAAACACCAUUGAGAGUCCAUACCCCAGGCCCAAUGCCACCGAGCGUCCAGGCCCUGGGCCUAAUGCUGCCUAGAGCCCAGAGCCCAGGCCCAAUGCUGCUGAAAGCCCAGGGCCCAGGUCAAACACCACUGAGAGUCCAGACCCCAGGCCCAAUGCCCUCGAGAGUCCAGAGCCCGGGUCAAAUGCGGUCAAGAAUCCAGGGCCCAGGCCAAACACUGUCGAGUAUUCAGGGCCUGAGCCAAACACUGCCAAGAGUCCAGGGCCCAGGCCAAGUGCCGCCGAGAGUCCAAGGCCUGGGCCAAACUUCACUGAGAGCCCAGGGCCCAGGACAAAUGCAGUCGAGAGUCCAGGGCCCGGGCCAAAUGCCGCAGAGAGUCCAGGGCCCGGGCCAAAUGCCGCAGAGAGUCCAGGGCCCGGGCCAAAUGUCGCAGAGAGUCCAGGGCCCGGGCCAAAUGCCGCAGAGAGUCCAGGGCCCGGGCCAAAUGCCGCAGAGAGUCCAGGGCCCGGGCCAAAUGCCGCAGAGAGCCCAGGGCCCGGGCCAAAUGCCGCAGAGAGCCCAGGGCCCGGGCCAAAUGCCGCAGAGAGCCCAGGGCCCGGGCCAAAUGCCGCAGAGAGUCCAGGGCCCGGGCCAAAUGCCGCAGAGAGUCCAGGGCCCGGGCCAAAUGCCGCAGAGAGUCCAGGGCCCGGGCCAAAUGUCGCAGAGAGUCCAGGGCCCGGGCCAAGUGCCGCCGAGAGUCCAGUGCCCAGGCCAAGUGCCGCCGAGAGUCCAGGGCCCGGGCCAAAUGUCGCAGAGAGUCCAGGGCCCGGGCCAAGUACCGCCGAGAGCCCAGGGCCCGGGCCAAAUGCCGCAGAGAGUCCAGGGCCCGGGCCAAAUGUCGCAGAGAGUCCAGGGCCCGGGCCAAGUGCCGCAGAGAGUCCAGGGCCCAGGCCAAGUGCCGCCGAGAGUCCAGGGCCCGGGCCAAAUGUCGCAGAGAGUCCAGGGCCCAGGCCAAGUGCCGCCGAGAGCCCAGGGCCCGGGUCAAAUGUCACAGAGAGUCCAGGGCCUGGGCCAAAUGCCGCCGAGAGACCAGGGCCUGGGCCAAAUGUUGCAGAGAGUCCAGGGCCCGGGCCAAAUGUCGCAGAGAGCCCAGGGCCUGGGCCAAAUGCCGCAGAGAGCCCAGGGCCCGGGCCAAAUGCCGCAGAGAGUCCAGGGCCCGGGCCAAAUGCCGCCGAGAGACCAGGGCCUGGGACAAAUGUUGCAGAGAGUCCAGGGCCCGAGCCAAGUACCGCCGAGAGCCACGGGCCAAAUGCCGCCGAGAGUCCAGGGCCCAGGCCAAGUGCCGUCGAGAGUCCAGGGCCUGGGUCAAACUUCACCGAGAGUCCAGCGCCCGGGCCAAGUGCCGCUGAGAGACCAGGGCCCGGGCCAAAUGCCGCUGAGAGACCAAGGCCCAGGCCAACUGCCGCCGAGAGUCAAAGACCUGGACCUAAUCCCACCGAGAGUCAAGGGCCUGGACGUAAUGCAGCCAAGAACCCAGGCCCUGAGCCAAAUGCCGCUGAGAGUCCAGGGUCCGGGCCAAAUGCUGCUGAGAGCCCAGGCACCAGGCCUAAUGCCAUCGAGAACCCAGGCCCCAGGCCUAAUGCCGCCGAGAGCCCAGGCCCCGGGCCUAAUGCCGCCGAGAGCCCAGGCCCCGGGCCUAAUGCCGCCGAGAGCCCAGACCCCGGGCCUAAUGCCGCCGAGAUCCCAGACCACGGGCUUAAUGCCGCCGAAAGCCCAGGUUCCGGGCCUAAUGCCGGCAAAAGUCCAGGCCCCGGGCCUAAUGCCGCCGAGAGCCCAGGCCCCGGGCCUAAUGCCGCCGAGAGCCCAGGGCCCGGGCCUAAUGCCGCCGAGAGCCCAGGGCCCGGGCCUAAUGCCGCCGAGAGCCCAGGGCCCGGGCCUAAUGCCGCCGAAUGCCCAGGCCCUGGGCCUAAUGUCACCAAGAACCCAGGCCCUGGGCAUUGCUAGGAGUCCCAUUUUACAACGCCGACGCUACAACCACUGUAUUGCUGACCUCGCUCCAGCCUCGAAGAUGAAGAAAGUAUGA